AUGCCGCCGCGGCUUACGGAGGACGAGCCGGUGCUCCAGCACCACGAUGAAGACGCCGACACGGAAAGAGGGGAUUACUCAGACUCGGACGACGAUGCGGACGAGGACACGCCCAUGAUGCUGGGCGAGACCGACGGCGCGGUUGAGGCCGCCGAUGCGCCGCUCUCAAUGGACCCCGGAGCGCACCCCAAGCCGCCACCGCUGCCGCUCGUCAAGAAGCCCGAGAAGCCACCGCCCGUGGCCUGGCGCGACCUGCCAAAGAAGCAGCAGUUGUUGGUGAUUACGCUGACGAGGUUAAGUGAGCCUCUCGUUCAGACCUCUCUGCAGUCCUACAUGUUCUACCAACUCAAAUGGUUCGACCCCAGCCUGCCCGACUCAGUCAUCUCGAGCCAGGCCGGCAUCCUCCACGCCUCUUUCACGGCAGCGCAGUUCAUCACAGCCAUGGUCUGGGGCCGUCUCGCAGACUCAAAGCGCUUCGGCCGCAAGACGGUCCUCAUGAUCGGCCUCUUGGGCACCUGUUUUUCCUGCAUCGGCUUCGGCUUCUCGCGGUCCUUUGCGCAGGCCUUAUUCUUCCGGUGCCUGGGCGGCGCGACCAACGGCAACGUCGGGGUCCUGCGGACAAUGAUUAGCGAAAUCGUCCGUGAAAAGAAGUUUCAAGCGCGUGCCUUUAUCCUUUUGCCCAUGACCUUCAAUAUCGGCGUCAUCAUCGGGCCCAUUUUGGGGGGUAUCCUCUCCGACUUGGCGGGAAGCUAUCCCUCCCUCUUUGGCGACGUCGCCUUCUUUAAAAAGUACCCCUACGCAGCGCCCAACCUCCUCAGCGCAAUCUUCCUCUCCUGCGCCGCGCUGUCCGUCUGGCUUUGCCUCGAGGAGACGCACGACGCCCUCCGCGAAGAGGGCCCGGACCUGGGAUCCCGCGUCGGAGCAAGAAUCGCGUCCCUCAUCCGCCGCGUCUUUGCCCGUCGGAGGUGGAGAGCGGGUGCCGGCGCCGGCGCCGGCGUCGAUGCGGCGUACACGCCCCUGCACUCCAGCUCCGCCAGCACCACGGACGUCGACGUCGAACUGUCCCCCGAAUCCGCGCUGCCGUCUCCAAAACAAAAACCUCGUCCGCGGUACCGUCACCGACUCCCCUUCCGCCGCAUCUUCACCCGCAACGUCCUCAUGACCUUCUCCGCCCAUUUUCUGUUAGCCUUCCACGUCGGCACCUUCAACUCGCUCUGGUUCGUCUUCCUUUCGACCCCGACCUCCGCCACGCCGCCCCACCUCCCCUUCCGCUUCUCGGGCGGCCUCGGCAUGGCCCCACAGUCCGUUGGUUUGGCCAUGGCGGUCCUCGGCGUCAUCGGCAUCACCCUCCAGCUCCUCGUCUACCCGCGCCUGUCAGCGCACCUAGGCACCGUCAAAGCCUGGCGUCUGUUCCUCUACUUUUUCCCCGUGGCGUAUUUCUUGGUGCCGUACCUCGCCGUCGUGCCCACCACCGACGCCGCGCCGCCGCCGGGCCCGAAAGGCGGCCCCGCCAUCUGGUUCGCCAUCUUUGGCGUGUUGCUGUUUCAGGUGCUGGGCCGGACGUUUGCGCUGCCGGGGCAGACGAUCCUCAUCAACAACUGCACACCGCACCCCUCUGUGCUGGGGACGAUCCACGGGUUGGGGCAGAGCGUCGGCAGCGCGGCGAGGACGAUUGGGCCGGUGCUGUGCGGGUGGCUGUACGGCCGGGGGCUCGAGGGCGGGAUUGUUGGUGCCGUGUGGUGGGGUCUGGCGGGCGUGGCGGUGUUGGGCGUGUUGGCGAGCUGGGCUGUUUGGGAGGGGGAUGGGCAUGAGCUUCGGAUUGAUGGGGAUGAAGUUGCUGCUGAGGAGGAGGGGUCGGAGCAGCAGAGGCGGUGA